AUGGCAUCCAGGUGCUCUCGGGGCGUGAUGCACCAUCCUCAUCGCGCUGAACUCGGGACCCGCGGCGAAAAGCCGCUGCGCGAGCAGCAGGAGUCGCUCGUGCUGCGCCGCAAGUUUGACAUCCACAAGACCGAUGAGCGCAAGAACUUGCACAUCAACGACCUGAUGAAGAACCACGAUAAGGCCUUUACGCAGAUCACGAACUACAACAACGACAUCACUAAGGGCAACCUAUGGCUUAUCGCCUCGCUCAAGAACGAGAUCGCCGUCAUGAAGAAGAAGGCAGCGGCCAACACCAAACCCCGUGCACGACGUGUCGCAGAAGAACAAGAGGUGGAGCACCUCCGACACGAGCUCAAGGACGUGCAGAAGAACAAGCUCUCGCUGCGUAACGCCAAGGCGCGGCUGAUGUAUCUCGCGCAGCAAGUGCACGACCUUAAGCAAAGGCAGGCGGAGCGCACAACCAAGUACCGCACCAUGGAGUCGGACCGCAACGUGCUUUACGACACGUUUGAGCACGCGAUACAGACAAUUCCCAAGGAGGGCGAGUGCAAGAACCUCAUCCUGGAGCAGUGUCUCUACGCCAUGGACGACCAGCACGCGCGUAAGGGGGCUCAAGUACAGGAGGUUCUGCUCGCUGCUAACCUCGACCUUGUGCAGGCGCGGCGCGUGAUCGAGACGCUUGGCACGCUCCUGGACUCGAAGAACACAAAGAUUUGCAACCUGCAGUACAACGUAGCCAAGGAGAGCAAAGCCUACAAUGAUACACUACGGACGUUCACAGAGAAGUUGAUACAAAUUGGCAUCCCAGAGGAGGAAAAUUGA